AUGGGAUCUAUGCCAAGGUGCAGUAAGUGUUGCUUCUGGGAUGGAAAUUUGCGGUCUGGAACGAAGCUGCGGAAGUCUGAUGCAGAGUAUGGUGUAACACGACGUAACGGCAACAACAACAGCAACAACUUCUCCACCGCUAGCAACAACAGUAACCACAAAAGCAACAACUUCUCCACCACUAACAACAACAGUAACAGCAACACCAGCAACUUCACCACCACAAGCAACAACAGUAACCACAACAGCAACAACUUCACCACCACGAGCAACAACAAUAACAAAAACAGCAACAACUUCACCACCACGAGCAACAACAAUAACAAAAACAGCAACAACUUCACCACCGCUAACAAAAACAGCAACAAUUUCACCACCACUAGCAACAACAAUAACAACAACACCAGCAACUUCACCACCAUGAGCAACAACAAUAACAACAACAGCGACAUCACCACCAUGAGCAACAACAAUAACAACAACACCAGCAACUUCGCCACCACUAGCAACAACAACUGGCACUACACCUUGUCACUGCACCCUGGCACUACACCCUGGUACUACACCCUGGCACUACACCCUGACACUGCACCCUGGGACUACGCCCUGAUACUAUACCCUCUCUCUCCACCUGGCACUACACCCUGGCACUGCACCCUGGGACUACGCCCUGAUACUAUACCCUCUCUCUCCUCCUGGCACUACACCCUGGCACUACGCCCUGACACUACGUCCUGA